CGGCGAGGACCUUUCUGUCGUUUCAUAGUACACUACGUCGCUCGGCCGAGGAUCCGACUUACACGCAAAUGCGCUCCCGCGGCGAGGGCCAAACAACCCCAGUUGAACAAACAUGUGCCAAGGGUUCUUGGCCGGUUUGUCUGUCAGAACGCUGCAGCAAUCCCGGUACCUUGACUGCUUGGAAGGCCAGCUCAGAAUGGUUCAACCAGAGAUAUAAGUCGGCCGGCCCGCCUCCGGACUGAUGAAUUCAGAUUUCCUCUUUCUACCUACUUACUCAUCAAAUAUCAAGAUCAAGCACUAUCAUCAAGCUUCAAGCAAGCAAAGUGAACCAUCUUUCCUUUGUUCUAUUAGCUACGUUAUCUGAGCACCAGGCGUGCCAUAACUGUCUACCCCGGCGGGCACUCUUACCAACCAACGACACUAAGAUCUACUCGUGUAGAAGCUCUUCUCAUCGUCCUUGGCAUCAAAAGUCAAGCAUUAUAUACCACUAUCCAACAUCAUCACCAACUUUCAGCAACAACAUCUAGUCAUGAAGCGCUCUUCUUCUAGCGCCUCUGCUCCGUCGGCAUUCAACAUCAGCACCACCGGGCCCGUCACAAGCCCUAUUACCUCGCCCAUGUCUCUUGAUAGCUACCACGAAAUGAGGUACUCUUUCGAGUCUGAGACAACAGUGGCUCCCGUCAACAGCAGAAAGGAUUCGGGGAACAUCACAAACUCUGCGGACCCAUCAAGGCCACUACGGACAACCAAGUCUCACAACAAGCACGUCAACGCACACAGCUACUGCGGACGACAUUCGACUGAGUUCCUGUUUGGAGGCCGCUCCAUUAGGAACCUCUUGAGCAACCUUAGGCAUCGAAGGGACUCGCGCGAGUGAUCAUCCAUCGCUCAUGCUUCUAGAAAUGGAUCAAAGUAGGUGAAAGAACUCACCUGGGCCAUGGGUUCGUCCGUCUGCACUGGCUGGAACAGGUUGCAUUGGGGGGGACUUUAUAACCAGCUCAUCUCGAACAAGGGAGAUUGGAGGCUUUGGGAGGAAGCACUGAAGGAUAUAUUUCAUUUACGCUUAACGAUGACAUGACAACCGUUUUUGUUGUAUGUAAUAACCCCAUGUUGUUUUAUUGUCUUUUUCCUUUCCGUGGGAUAUGAUACCAAGGCGUUUUGGGGCCUAGGGAGAAAGAUUUGGAGUUGAGCAAUUGUAUUUUGUAUAUUGGAGUGGUCAAUACCAGUUUUGAGCUAUGCUUGGGUUCAAAGGACGAUUCAACGACGUUGGACUUCGGCAGCAUAACUAUGGACUGAAAAUAAGACGAGU